CAACCCUUCGCGACAUCGUCCAACAUCGCCUGGGAUAGGAAUCGACAAACAACAGCUUGACACAAUCUUGGUUUUCCCACGUUUCAUGGUUUUCCCACGCCUUCCCGCGGUUAAACCGGCAAUUUUCAAGCUUAUCGCUCGGUCCCAGUGGACUCCCGCACCCUGGCAGGGGGGCACCGUAGCCAUCUACAGCAGGGCACAUGGAGUGAUUCUCGGGCCUACGAUGCGCAGCAGAAGGAAGUGUUCGGCAUCGGAAGCAUUCUGGCUUGAUACUCAACGUUUAGGUAUCAUCUAGUAUCAUCUGCUCACCUCGCUUUCGGCUCUCAAGA